GGGAGAGAGAGGAGUAAUCUGUUACCCAUUUUGACAAACUCCCAGAUUAAACUAGAGUCAAUCAAGGAGAACAUCCACAGAACCGGCGAAUCCAGCGCAUCCACGAAUUUAUCCCUGCGGUGAACAUGUCUUUGAACACCUUGCUGUCACUGGUUUGCUUCUCCACCGUGCUGGUCCUGGUGUCGGCUGUUGUGGAACCUGCAGGGUGCAAGAUACGCAUCACAGACAAAGCCCUUGAUAUGUUAAAAGCUGAGACUCGCAAGUUUGUGGAGGAGGAGCUCAGUGACAUCACAAUUCCUGAGAUGAAGGGAAAAGAUGGACGUUUCCAAUACACCAUAUCUGAUGUGAAGAUCCAGGAGCUGAACUUGACUCAUGUAGAGCUUCUCUUCGUCCCAGGCAUCGGCCUGUGGUUCGAUGUCCAGAAUUCAUCCAUCAGUCUCAGUUUUUACCGACGGAUCCUUUACUGGUUCUUUUUUGACACCGGGAACAUCAAUGCAUCAGCUGACGGGGUCAACAUCAACACGAUGGUCAAUCUGGUCCGAGACCCCCAAGGAAGGAUGAAGAUCAACAACAUCACCUGUGAUGCAGCUAUCGCCAAAAUGUCGGCCAAGUUCAGCGGAACACUUGGGAAGGUUUAUGAUUUUGUGUCCAAGUUUAUGACUUCAGGAAUGCGCUUCCUCCUCAACAAGAGGAUCUGCCCAGCUCUCAACCACGCGGCUCUUGUCAAUGUCAAUUCCAUGUUGGACACAAUUCCUGUGAGAACCGAGGUGGACGACUGGAUCGGGAUCGACUAUUCACUGCUGAGCGAUCCGGUCGUAACCUCCCGGAGUCUGGACAUGAAUUUCAAAGGCAUGUUUUUCGACCUGGCCAAUGAAGACGCUGGGCUGGUCAAUCACGCAGUGGACCCGGUCAUCAGCGAUUACGACCGGAUGGUCUACCUGGCUCUCUCCGAGUUCUUUUUUGACAGCGGAAUGUUUUCAUACUACAAGGCUGGAAUCUUCCAGAUGGAUAUCACGAAUGACAAGAUGUCGAAAGAUCUAGAGAUGUUGCUGAGAACCACCUACUUUGGACUCAUGAUGAUGAUGAACCCUUCUCUGACCGACGCCCCCAUUUCUCUUCAUAUUGCUGUCAACUCACCACCCAAAACCACCAUCCUGACCUCUGGGGCGACUGUUUUGAUGACUUCCACCGUUAGAGUCCUGGUGCUGCCCCCGGGUCAACCGCCCGUGCAGCUCACCAGCAUGACCAUGGAAACAAGGUUCAACGCAAAAGUUUCAAUGAAAGAGAAACGUCUAUGUGUUCAUGCUGACCUUCGGAGGUUCAAAAUAUUCUCUAACCAGUCGGCGUUGGAGUCUCUGGCACUGAUUCCCCUGCAGGCUCCGCUGAAGACCAUGCUCCAGAUGUCAGUGGUUCCUUUAAUCAACAACUGGACAAAGAGGGGUGUGGCGAUCCCACUGGCUGAUGGACUGAAUUUCAUAGAAGAGGUGGUUGAGUACCAUAAUGGUUACAUCGUCAUCGGAGCCAACCUUCACUUCAGCAAAGGCCUGAGGAGCAUGGUGGCAGCAGGAAACUCGACUGAGAUAUAACUGCGGCGUCUGAGAUGCCACGUGGCUUGCGCAGCUCAUACAUGAGCUCAUGCUGCAUCGUAACCACGUCAUGACAGAGAGAGAAAAAGUUUUGACUUCGCUUGUUAUUUUCCCUUCUUCCCUUUUGAUUCUCCAUGAUGAAAUGCUGCGUCAUCGAUAAGGUGACCACCUUUAGUGAAGUGUAUUUAUUGUAUUUAUAGUUCGUUCAUGUUGGAAUAACCUGUUACAGAUCAAGACUAAAUGAGCAUGGAAUUAAAACCAUCUGUAAUAUCUUCAGGAAUUUCUUGAGAAUUAAAUCAGUUUAUUUUGC